CGGCCGGAGUUCGUGUACGGACUUCCUAGUUCUUCCUGCUCGCCGCGGCCCAGAUAACACAAAGGAUGGCUGUUCUUCUGAAGAGGUUGACACUACAAACCAUAAAGACUGACAAUAACCUAAUCGGAAGAUGUUUCCAAAGGCACGCUGUGAAGCCAGACCCGGCACAGCUGUCCCUGGCUGUGUCCACCCCAAAGCUGUUGUGCCUGAUUUCUGCAAAGGGUUUUAGCACUGUUGGAAACCCCCAGGGUGAGAGGAGACAGAAAAGAAGGGAUGCUUUUUCUAACACCGGAAGGAAGAUUAGUGAGCGAGUUAUCCGUGUCCUGGAUGAGAAGGGCAUCGAUCUGGGGACGAUGCACCGAGCGGACGUGAUCAGACUCAUGGACAAGCAAGACUUGAGGCUGGUGCAGAGGAACACCAGCUCAGAGCCACCCGAGUACCAGCUCAUGACUGGAGCACAGAUCCACCAGGAACGGCUAAGGCUCCGGGAACAGGAAAAGGCCAAGCCCAAAACUGGGCCAACUGUGACAAAGGAGCUCGUUUUUUCUUCAAAUAUUGGACAGCAUGAUUUGGACACCAAGAGUAAACAGAUUCAGCAGUGGAUUGAGAAAAAAUACCACGUUCAGGUCACAAUAAAGAAGAGGAAAGAUGCAGAGCAGCCAGGGAACGAGACGGAGGAGAUAUUUAAUCAGAUUCUCCAGACUAUGCCUGGAAUAGCAACCUUCUCAAGCAGACCGAAAGCCAUUAGAGGAGGGACUGCCUCCAUGUGUGUUUUUCGUCAUUUGAGCAAGAAAGAAGAGAAGGCAUAUAGAGAAUCCCAAGAGAGCCACAGAAGAGACAUGCUGAGCAAAGACGACAGAAACAGCAACGAGUCAGAUGUUCUGUGUCAGUGAUUUUACUAAGAAAAAGUACAGGCUUUUCCAGAAGCUCUGCUGGCUGCUCUGGAGUCCUUCCCGCCUAGCAGACAGUGAGUAAUGUAGCUGGCGGGGGCAUCUUGUCUUCUGGACUGCUGCUGGGCUCUGUGCUGUUAGGCAAGGAGCAGUCUGGCUCUUGUUUCCUCUUAGGAGGGACGUACCCACUGAGGUGAGAGGCCAAGCUGCGUCUCCCCCGAGGUGGUCUUACCUUUGGGAGUAAGGAAAACAGACACCUGAGUUCCCCAUCAGAGUGACCUGUGUUUUACAACAGAUCAGUCCGAUGGGAGUCACACCCUCAACAGGCAUGGACACACAGGACGGUGGGGUGGGGGUGGAUGACAGAUGCCAAGCAGGCCUUACAGCUGAGUGCUGGCCCAAGCAGCUACCACUUACUUUGAGCUUCAUCCUCUUCCUGUCGGGAUCGUGCACGACACUGUGCCUCACGAGACUUUGCUGCAGUGCAAGGGAAUGAAAGAUGCUUGAUCUGAACCUGGAGGGGGGCUCAGUGCUUAGAGCAUGUGCUGCUUGAUCUGAGCCUGGAGGGGGGCUCAGUGCUUAGAGCAUGUGCUGCUUGAUCUGAGCCUGGAGGGGGGCUCAGUGCUUAGAGCAUGUGCUGCUCUUGAGGAGGACAUGGGUUCAGUUCCCAGCACCUGCUGGUGGCUCACAACCACCCGUACUCCAGUUCCAGUAAAAACUCUGUGUGUCUGCCAUCGUGAAAAUGCAGUGGUACAGUGUGCAGUAAUAAACUAGCAGCUGCCUUUCUCUUGUUUA